AUGCCGGUGCCGGAGAUUGAGGACCCGGAAGCCCUCUCUACGGAUACCAGGAUGCUCCAUGGGGCCCCAAGCGAGAGGCUUGGAGGGGCCUUGAAGCGGCCAAAGCCUGGAGGGGAGGGCCCCCUGACCAGCAGCAACCUCCAUGCUGUGGCAGCAGCCCUCCACCCUUCAGCAUCAACUGCAGCUUCAGGGGUGUCAUUGGGGACGGCAAGCGGAAGGGCAUCUCCCGGUAGAACAUCUGAAGCAGCAGCAGCAGCCUCCGAAGCAGCAAAAGGAGCAUUGGAAGAGGCAGCAAAAGGAACAGCAGCAACGGAAGCAGCGCCAAAUGACGGGAUCUUGAGCCGUAAUCGAAUCAGCAGCGGCAGGCAUGGGGAGCGUAUUGCAUGCCCCAUGGACAGCAGCCACUCCAUAUACGCACUCCGGGUCCAGGCCCACCUGAAGAAAUGCACGAAAGCAAGAGACAUCGCCUUCUCGCACUGUCUCCCCUUUAUGCAACCCGGCGCCAAUUUACCACAGCAGCAGCGACUUGACCAGUCGGAGCAGCAGCGCCAGGAGGACCAUCUACAACAGAAGCUGCAGCAUGGGGACUACGUGGAAAGCCCGGAGACAGCAGCAGCGCUCACUUCGGAAUUUGAGGCCAAGAUAUCUGACGCUUACAGAUAUUCCCUGUUGUAUCUAAACAACAUGUCCCCAAAAGAAGCAGCAACAGCGGAAACAGCAGCAGCGACGCCACCUACAGCAAAAGCACCGGUGGGAGCUGCUGUACCUCAGUGGGACUCUCUGGAAAAGCUGCCUGCCUCAAUAUUCAAAAAGCACCGGUGGGAGCUGCUGUACCUCAACGCAACACAAGUGCCGCUGGACACGGGAACUGCAGCAGCAGAGGGGCAUCCCCUAGCAUGGCUUGAAGCUGACUUGAAGAGAGCUUUGCUACUGCCUCAGCAAGAUCGAUCGAGCGCGAUAUUGCAGGUGCUGCAGCAGCUGCAGCAGCGGCUGAACAAACAUCAGAAACAGCUCCUGCAGCUCUUGGCUUUGUGUCUCCUGCACAGCCACCUGAAAAAGUCAAGCCUUGACGAAACACUUAUCGUAGAACUGGGGGCUGGCAAAGGUGACCUGACGCGCUGGCUGUGCUGCUGGUCGGCCGUUGCGGUCGCGGCGAAUGCACAACGCGAGCCGGCAGCAGCAGCACCACAAGUACCAGCAGCAGCAGCAGCAGCGGGAGCUCCCGGCGCCCUGCAUACGCAUGCUCCGAGACAACAUAGAGGUGUUCGCUGUAUUGUUGUCGACCGUGAAGCGCGGCGCUACUGCAAGGAGGCCAAGGAUAAGACAUUUCGCAAUCCCAACUCCCUCCGACCGCUACAUCCUGCUGCUGUUGCUGCUGCUGAGCGACGCAAGGCUGCUGCUGCGGCGACCGUGGAAACAGCCGUGGAGGAGAACACCAGCUUGGGAAAUCCUUUGCUUGGAGAAGAAAUGACGGCAGGGCCAGCCGCUUCAGCACUGUCCGACCCAGCACAAACGCGUACUGUUGGUGAUGCUGCUUCUUCUGUUAUCGGAAGGCCUCCACAAGCUCUUGCUAGCCUGACUCCUGCAGCCACUGGCACCAAUGCGAGCUGCAGCAACCCCGCAUCAACCAGCAGCAGCGGGGCCGCUCUGCCCGUGCCUCCUGUUCGUCUGCGAAUGGACAUUGCGGAUUUCUCUCUGGUGGCGCUCGUCAAGUACAUCGCUUGCAAAGGCCCCUUACGCGUGCCGCAUAUCCCGGGAUUUUUCAAGAAACUGUUUGAAUACGGUUGCCGCUUCGCUGUCCCAAAACCUCGGCUGGAGCAGGAGGGGGCCAAAGAGACACGCGGCGAAAGAUGCAAAGUGAAUGGGGAUGGAAUGCAUUCCUUAGCAAAUGUCGCAGAAGCAACCAACGUAGGAGAGGAUGCAAAGUGA